GUAUGGAGUUUUAUUUUAACAUUGCAAUAAAUCAGAAAGUAAAGUCAUUAAAAUUUUUUUAAAGAAAUUGAUUUGAAUGUUUAAAAUGCAAAGAGAAGAAAAACAAUUAGAUUCUGCUUUAGAGGCAAUUAUUAUGAGAGUAAAUGAUUUAAAGAGUGCAAUUGCUGCAAUGAUAUUUAAAUUGGAACAUGAAUAUGAAACAUUGAAUUGGCCUAAUUUUCUUGAUAAUUUUGCUCUUAUUUCGGGACAUCUGACUAGUCUUUCAAAAAUUCUUGGACAUGAUAAAGCACCAAAUUUAAGAAACUUAACAGUUUUACCAUUAAGAUUAAGUCCAGAGAAAGAUGAAGAAUUGCUUCGUUUAACUGAAGGUAGAAUUCCUACAUUUGCUCAUGACUUAGUACCAGACUAUCUACGAACUAAAGUAGAACCUCAAGCUGAACAAAAAAUGAUGCAGCUUGAAGCAAAAGCUGCAAAUUUAAAUUAUGAAACAUCACAUGACUGCAAUAAACAAGUGGCUCAAUACACAAAAGUAAUUAAUCAUGUAUGGGAUAUAGCAAAUAAGGCACGUGAAGAGUGGGAAAGUGAAGCUGGUUCUAGAGCAACUCAAGCUCAAACCAGCAGUACAGCAGACACUCAUGCUCUUAUAGCAGCUGUGGGUACAGGUAAAGGUUUAAAGUCCGAUUCUGUUCAAAUGUCAGGUGUAAAUUCAGUACCUAGUGGAAUGAUAGUAGGAAGAUCUGGAAACCAACAACAAACUCCAGGACAAGGAUCAUUAGGAAAUCCACCUAUGGGACAAAUGACUAAAGCUCCAAGUACAAUCAAAACCAAUAUCAAGGCAGCACCACAAAUUCAUCCAUAUAGAUAAAGUAUAGAUAAAAAUAUUGACUUUAAUAUAAUAUUUUUCAAAUUGAAAAUUAUUUUCAUCUUAAUUUAUUAUUUUUUAAUAUAUAGUAAGUUACAUUAAAAUAAUUUGUUUCUUUUUAUUUUUAAAAUAUUUACAUAUAUAUAAUUAUAUAUAUUAUAAUUAAAAUCAUCUUUUUAAUAUCAGCAUUACAUUGUAAAAUAUAGAAAUUAUACAAAUUAUGGUUUGGCUCUUAUACUUUAUAUAUAUAUUUAUAGUAAUGUACAUUAAAAAUAUAAAUGUAAUGUUAAUUAUAUUUUAAGUAAAUUCAUGUAAAAAA